CGUCGAAAUGGUUCUUUGCCCCGAUAUUGAAGGUUCCGUGCUGGACAGAGCAGCUCACGGGGGAAAAAAACUUCCCGCUGCGCAGCGGGAUGGUUCUUCAGCAGGUUGCCGUGGGCAGCGUUGCCCGAGCUCUUGGUCAGUGAGCUUAUCUCCUUGAGACCUGUCUGGCUGGUGAACCUGCAUGCAGUUCAGCUUCUGUAACAUGACUGCAGCUGUAGCAGUGGUGGUGGUCUGAGAAGAGCAUGUGGGGAAUUACAGCUCCCUUUUCGAGAACACCUGAUCGAUGCUCAGGGAGCCCAAAUCAGGCCAGACCAGGCCAGCCUUCCCUGUGGCUCCUCUUCCUUGAGGGGUGCUUACAUUACACCAGACCUGAAGGAUGCCUUCUUUUGCCUCCCUCUCCAUGAAGCCAGACAGAAAAUCUUUGCAUUUGAUUGGAAAAGCCCUAAGAGUGGGUGCAAAACACAGCUCACAUGGACAUGGUUGCCUCAGGGCUUUAAGAAUUCACCCACCUUGUUCAGAGAGCAACUUGCAAAGGACUUGGAGACCUAGGAAGCCCCAUCAGGAGAAGGAAGGCUGUUGCAGUACGUAGAUGACCUCCUAAUAGCUACCCAGACAGAAGAAGCAUGUGUGGCCUGGACAGUAAGCCUCCUAAACUUUCUGGGAGUACAGGGUAUCGAAGAAGAAGGCUCAGGUGGUAAAGCAGAAAGUGACCUACCUGGGUUAUGAGGUUAGUGCCGGACAAUGGGCCUUGGGGCAAGAUCGUAAAGAAGCGAUACGUCAAACCCUGAAACCCAAGACAAUAAAAGAACUGCGAACUUUUUUGGGAAUGAUGGGGUGGUGCAGAUUGUGGAUCUAUAAUUACGGAUUGCUUGUAAAACUGCUGUAUGUGCUCAUUGCAAAUGGCACAAAUGGACAAAGGAGGCCACGCGAGCCUUUGACCAGCUAAAGAAAGCUCUCAUGUCAGCUCCAGCUCUGGGACUUCCAGAUGUAAAUAAAUCAUUCUUCCUCUUCUCCCAAGAGAAACGGGAUUGCCUUGGGAAUAUUAGCACAGGACCUGGGCCCAUAUCGAAGGGCAGUUGCUUAUUUUACUAAGCAGCUGGAUGCUGCUGCCAAGGGAUGGCUGGGAUGCCUCAGAGCUGUUGCAGCAGUGGUGCUAAAUAUCCAGGAAGCGUGCAAGUUCACCUUGGGACAGAAAAUAACUGUGCUAGUGUCUCACAGUGUCCCCAGUGCUGGAAGUGAAAGGAGGUCACUGGCUUUCCCCACAAAGGUUCCUGAAAUCAGCAGAAACCAAGGGGAGCCAGUAUACCAUGACUGCCUGGAGACCACCAAGAGCUACCUACCUACUCCAGCUGUCCAGAUCUGAAGGACACUCCUUUUGAUGAUGUGGAAAUAUGGGAGCAGCUACGUCAUCAGCGGAAAACGACAUGCUGGGUAUGCAGUUACCACUUGCAAAGACGUAAUAGAAUCUGGAAAAUAAACAUCUAUACGGACUCAAUAAUGAGUUUAUUGGAAGCAGUUCAGCUGCCUGAAAAGGUAGCAAUCAUGCACAUUAAGGCACACCAAAAGGUGAGCUCAGAAUUGGAGGAAGGAAAUGAUCUGUCAGACAGAGAGGCAAAAGAAGCAGCAGAAGGUGAGGUGGCUACUGAGGGAGCCCUGAUUCCAGACAGGCAAAUUCCUCUUGAAGAAUCGUCAGGUGUGACUUUAUUUGGCACCAGUGGAGUAAAACAAGACACAAAUCACAACUGCUGGGACACACUCUUUGGAUGGUCAUCAACUGCAACUGGGAUUUUGAACACAUUAUGUCACCCAAUUAUUGUUUUAUUUAUAUUAGUUGGUAUAAGUUUAAUAUUGUCUUUUGUAAUACUUGUUUGGAAUUGGAAGUUGUUACAAUGAAUGGCGAUAUUAGCUUUCUUGAUGAAAGUACAUGGCAAGGCAUUGAGGGAUACAUACCAUAGAGAUUGGGAAGAAUUUUUGUAUUAAGUUAAAGAAUUUACUAGAUUUUCCAGAAAAGGGGGGACUGAAAUAUGGGAUUAGAAAUUAGGGAGCAAUUGAUUAAGAAUGAAUAUGUGCUAUAUUUGCAAUGUACUGUGCCUGUGCUGCGCUUAGGCCUCCAGAUAACAGGAGUCCCUCGGACCCCGAGAACCAGAUCAAACCAACCUCAUGGUUCAGACUUUGACCAAGGGCUCAGAGAUGAGGAGGACUGUUCACAAAAGAACGAGAUAAAGAAUGUCAAACAUACAAGGCCUCGAGAUAACAGGAGCCCCUAAGACCCCGAGAACCAGACGAAACCAACCUUAUGGCCCAGAUUGUGACCAAGGCCUCAGAGAGCAUGUGCAAAGAGAUGAGGUGAAAAGUUCAACCCUGAUGAAGACAUCUUACUUCAUCCCCACAACCCUCAGCGCCCACCACCACAGGCAAGUUGCUGCGUCAGGGGCGCACGACUUUGGUGGGACUACCCCCGUGCUGCCCAGCACUGAAUAAACAUACCUACUUUACAAUCUUACUGAUUGUGGAGUCAGUUUUCUGCAAGUCACAUGUUCGAUGUAGGUAACAUGAGCCUGUCUGUCCUACCUUAAAACCUUGCGUCUAUCCAAAUAGCAGCCUUUCCAUCAUGCUUAUACCUUGCUAUUGCUAAAUUUAAAACCAGGGUCUGUUUCAGGAGCAUGUGGAUUUAGUUAGGUCUUGGUUUUUACUUCCAUAUUAGCAGCAGAGGGAGCCCUAGUUCUACAACAGAGUAUUUGUUGCAUUAUGCUAUAAAGCAAAAACCACAAUUGUUUUUUUGCUGAGCAGUAUGUUCUCACAGAUGAAGCUUUAAUCUGCAUAGUACAUCUCUGUUGCUGUAAAUUCAUGCUCCGUUAUACCACCAUAUGCUUUGAUUCACUCAGAGAAAGCUGCAGUAAUCCUAAUACUAAUACUACAUCUAUCUUUACAGAUAUUUGUGUUGGGUGUUUAGUUGCAUAUUGUUUGCUCACACACUUAAAGGUUAUGUCUUAAGAAGUUGUUUUAAAUGGGUUUAUUAGCGUGAGCUGGCAGUUGAUGAGUUUUUAUGUUUUGAGAACGUAUCAUUGUAGUUAUUGUCAAUUACAAUAUGAGUUUCAGGAAUCAAAAAAGGAAGGUAUGGUUUGCUUUAAAAAAUCUGGAGGCAUUUAAAAAAAUUGGAGGCAGAUGCAACCCAGUGCUUUGAGUUGUAUUUCAUUUUUGUCUAGUCAGCUGCCUAGUUUCUUUUUCAUCAGCUUGGAGAUUAUAUAUCAAUACCUCUUCUGUAAGCUGAACAGUUGCAUAUGUGGAAGUAUGAAGGAAUAAAUACAGGUUUUUCAAAACUGGCCAAGUUAUUUUAAAUUGUAUGUAAGUGCCACUAGAUAUAAAACAUACUGUGUAGAAUAUAAAUGUUACAGAUAGCUAACUACUAUAUACAAUCUAUAUAAUCACAUAUUGCUGUAAUUAUGUACUAUAACAUAUAGAUUAGAUAUGUUAUACAUACUACAUAUAAUCUCUCUAUGCAAUAUAAAUAUAUUUGGAGCUACGAGUAUUUUGUAUAUAAUUAAAGAAAAAGAUUUUAGGGAUUUCUUUGGGUAUGUACUGUUUUGAGUUACUUUAAGAGACAUAAUUUUCCAGUGAUAACUGGGCUAUUGAAUGCUUCUAAACUAAAUAAUUAUUGAAAAUUUAUGCUUUGUUGCUUGGACAAUGAGGGCUUAAAAGAUGAAAAACAGGAUUCUGUUGUGGUAGUUAAACCACUUUGUGUGGCUACUAUUUUGUCCUACCUGAAAUAUCAGGUCAAAUUUCAAAGAUAUAAAUGAAUAUCAGCAAAUUCUAUGGAGUUCAAAUUCACAUCGUCAGAAGGCAAGACUUUAUUUCAGACACUGGAGGGCCCAAGAAACAUAUAUUUUUUUUUCACAAGGUUUUGAUCUCAAUAAAUAAAUACUUCUCUUUCAGUAAUGCUUACAUUAGCUUUAUAAUUAUCCUUAAAAAUUACACCGUAUAAUAGUAACAAAUGAAUGGCAACAAAUGAAUAAGAUAAUAAACAAAACAUUCUCUUUCCUCAAGCAAUUGUAAAUCAAAUCAAAUAUCUACAGGUAUGACAACACUGCAAAAUCUGUGUAGUAAUUCUGAUUGGGAGAUAAACUAGAAUUCCUUGUUUAGUCAUUUCUGAACUAAAUUUUAACUAUCUAAUUAGUUGUUAUGUGUGUGAUCACAUCAUGCCCAUUCCAAAGGAAAGCCAUAGAAAAUCUUUCUUUUAACUCACAUUCUAUAAGCACAUUAAGGCUAAUAAGAAUUACUUGCAACUCAGCAAUCUGAACAGGCAGUUGAGGAGUGGGCUCUAAAUCAAUAAAUCCAGUCUUGAGAAACAUUGUGCCCUGUUGAGGUCACAGGUUUACAAAGAUAUUUAUGCAAAAAUAUAAAAGUACAAGAGAAUAGUCCUGUAAAUUGAAUGACGUGGACAUGUGAGUCAGAGAUGUGCAAUCUCAAACUAUAAAAGGCAGGAAUAAAAGAAAGGAAAAACAUUAUUCAUUAUGUUUAUGUUAGAUUUUGUAUUACUUUUUUUUUUUUUUUUCCAGCUCUUGCAUUCCUGAAACAAUAUACAGCAAAUGUUUUGAAGGAAUAUAAUCCAUAUGGUGACAUCAAAUCUGCAGAGCACACUGAAACUUCUUAUAUUAUGCAUGUAAUUGUUUGAUGCUGAAGCCUGUAAAAUCCUUGAGAGUGUCCUAGAGAAUUCAGUAGGAAGUGAAUCAGGGCUUAAGUCCAACAUCUGUAAAGUGCUUGAGUUCAUGCCUGACUUUCAGCCUUUUGCAGUAUUUCUUUACUUUAGGAUUCUCACCCUUGCAUUUGCUAUGCUACAGAAGUGCCAAUAGUUUCUGGAACCUGGCUGAAGUCAUUCAUGUGACUUUUAAGAAGCCAUCUUUGAUGGCUUAUUUUUUUAAACAUUAUAUAUUUUUUUCAUUAUCAUGAAUUUAAAGCAUAAAUGCUUUGGGUUUUGGCCAAAGGCUUGUACCUUAGAUUGUUCAUUCUCUUUCUGGGUAAAGUGUCUGUGCUCAUAUGAGUCACGUGUUUUUAAUGAGCUGGAGCACAGCAAAACCAAUAAAACGCUGCAUUAUCAGCACAUACAUGAAGUGAGGGGAGGACUACAACUUCUUUUUCAACUUUUUGAAUUGUAAUCAUAUCAUCAUGUUCUUUCAUAAUAGUAUUGGAUGUAUUGUAAAAUUUCUGCAAGAUGAAUCGCUUAUUUGUUGGCUUGAUUCAUGACAAAUAUUGACUAUUGUCCUACUGUCCUUUCUUAUGGACUUUUAUUCAUAUAAAUUCAGAUUUCAUAUAAAUGAAAUUCAUAUAAAUUCAGAUUCAGGCUGCCCACAUACGCUUCAGUAAGGAUGCAGGCGUGGCAAGCUGGGUUCGUGGGAGCUGUGGCUAGCGUGCAGCUCCCUGCCGGACCCCCCGCGGGGCCGUGCCCGCAGGAGGGCGCCGCACGGUGCCGGCCCCACCCCCAGCCCCGUCCCGCGGCGCUGCCCCUCGGCCGGCCCGGCCCCGAGGGCGCGGCGAUCGAAUGCGGGGCCGCCCUCCCUCCUACCUCAGUCCCCGCGCGGCUGCCGGCACAACCUCGCAGCGCCUCAGUGCCCAUCCGGCCGCCGGCAUGGCCCGGCACGCAGCCGGCUGCCUGCUGCUGCUGUGCUGCGCUCUGCCGCUGGGCUCUGCUCGCGCCACCCCGCCGAGGACGCCGUCGUUCGGCGGGCGCGUGGCAGAGAACCGCCCGGCGGGCACGCGCGUGGAGGGGCUCAGCGUCCCCCUGACGCGCCUGGGCGCCCUGCCGUGGUGCGCCCAGGUGCGGGGCCGCCGCUGGCGCCUGCAGCUCCUGGGCGAAGGCCACGCGCACUUCCAGGCGGCGCUGCACGCCCGCACCGCCCGCGUCUGGCUGCGCACCCGCCGCCCGCUGGACCGGGAGGCGCGCCCGCUCUACUCCCUCCGCCUGGCCUUGCGCUGCACCCGCCGCUCCGCCGCGCCCGCCGAGCCGCUGGCCGCCCUCACCGUCCGCGUGCUGGACGCCAACGACAACGCCCCGCGCUUCGUCGGCGCCCGCCCCGCGCGACUCCGCCUGGACGAGACGCUGCCGCUCGGCUCCGCCGUGUGGCGGGCGCGCGCCGAGGACGCGGACGCGGACGCCAACGCCGAGCUGCGCUACUUCGCCCGCCCGCCCAGCGAGCACUUCUUCGUGGUGCCGCGUAGCGGGAGCGUGCUGCUCGUCCGCUCCCUGCUCCACCUGCGCGCCCCCAUCCCGCUGCGUCUCUACGCGCGGGACCGCGGCCGCCCGGCGCUGCUCAGCGCCCCGCUCGAGCUCGAGGUGCUGCCGCAGGCCAAGCGUCUGCCCCCGGCGCCCGGCCCCGCCGACGGCCCUCAGCGCCGCCGCCGGACCCCGCCGUUGUCGCUGUCAUCGCCGGUGCCCGAGGACGCCCGCCCCGGCCGUCCCCCGGGCCGCUUUGAGCCUGCGGCCCCGACCGUCGAGGAGUCGGCGCUGCCUGUGGAGACGCAGAGCGGCGUGGCGCGGCCGGCUGCCCGCCUGCACGGCGCCGGGACGGCCGGUGGAGAGCGCCUGGGGCGCUUCCCGGAGCGGAGAGAGCAGGACUGGUACUUGUUGCACUUAUUUGCACUUACUGCGGAAGAUGCAAACGACAAUGUACCUGAAUGGGCCAUGGAGCCCUUCCCGUUCUUAGCCGUGGUUUCUCCUCAAGCUGCCAAAGGUACUCAAGUAUACAAGCUGCUUGCGGUGGAUGCAGAUGAAGGGACCCAUGGAACUGUAGAAUACUUUCUCUUGGAAGGUGGAGAAGCCAGAUUUGAAGUCGAGAGGAACACAGGCUGGAUUAAAACAACAGGUUUGCCAUUGGCGAGGAGCAAGGAGUAUUUACUGACUGUACUGGCAGCAGAUAAACUUGGAAACAAAGGGUCUCCAGCCUCUGUUUCUAUAAUUGCUGGAUUUCGACCACCGCAGUUCAGCAACAUGUCAUACUUUGUUCACGUUCCUGAAAGUAUGCCACAAGGAAAAUCCUUUCUUCGAGUCACUGCUAUAUCAUAUCAAAACAAAUCCCUGAACUACAGUUUGCUAACUAAUCCAAGUGGUCUGUUCAGCAUUGGUCAGUCAACAGGGGAUAUCAGCUUAACUCGGAAUGUGGAUUAUGAGAGUGACCAACACCAGUAUCUUCUGUUGGUCAGAGCAGAGGAAAACGAGGAACAGCUCAGUAGCGCAGCUCAGGUUUCAGUUGUAAUCACAGAUGUGAAUGAUUGUUCCCCAGAAUUUCAUCAGUCGAUCUACAGCAAAGUUAGUGUUCAUGAAACAGUUACUAUGACAACUGCACUUCUACAAGUGACAGCCACUGACUGUGAUUCAAAAGAGAAUGCCGAAAUACUAUAUUACUCUUUGAGUCCAGACUUUACUAUUACUUCUCAUGGUACUAUAUUUCCAGCAACAAAAUUGGACUAUGAGCGACCUAACCAUCUGUAUGAGUUCACAAUUAUGGCUGUGGAUAAAGGGGAAGAGACGAAGACUGGGACAGCAACUGUUAGGAUUCAUAUUUCAAAUGUAAAUGAUGAAGCACUUGAGUUUUCCCAGACAAUUUACAGGAGUUUUGUUUCUGAAGAUGCAGGCCCAAAUACACUGGUUGCUACAGUUAAUGCUGUUGACCCUGAUGGAGAUGGUGUGAACUAUGGUAUUCUAUCUGGGAGUCAAAAAGGAAAUUUUGUUAUUGACCCUGAGAAAGGGCUAGUUAGACUUCAUUCAAGUCCAUUUCCAAAGUUGCAUGGGACAGAGUAUAAUGUCACAGCUACUGAUGAUAAUGCCCCUGGAGGGACCUGUUUUCUUCCAAGUACUGCUCAGGUUAUUGUGAAAAUUGAUGAUGUCAACAACAACAAAUGUGUCUUUCAGAUGUGUCAGUAUUAUCGGGAACAUGCUUCCGUAUUGGAAAACCAGCCUUCAGAGACAGUUGUACUGCAAAUUGAAGCCACUGAUGCUGAUGAAGGAGCCAAUGGUAUAGUGAAAUAUGGCUUGAUGCACAGAGAUGGUAUCCUACCAGCAUUUAGUAUUCAUCCUGACACAGGAGUUCUGACAACUAUACAAGUAUUUGAUAGAGAAAAACAGAGGGAAUAUUCUAUCACUCUGAUGGUAACAGACCAGGCAGCAGAACCACUCACUGGAAUAUGUCAGAUAAAUGUUAUCAUUCUGGAUCAAAAUGACAAUGAUCUCAGGUUUGAAAACAACCACUAUAAAUAUUUCCUAAGGGAAGACACAAUAGUUGGGACCAGCUUUCUUCGUGUUGCAGCCCCUGAUGAUGACUACGGCUCAAAUGCUGUCAUUACAUACUCCAUAGCGAAUGAAGAACCAGAUUAUUUACAGAUUAACCCUACUACAUGCUGGAUGUUUGUCAACCAACCCAUAUCUCAGUCUUCAUUUAUAAUUCAUGAGAUUAUUGCUACAGAUGGAGGUAAUAGGAGCAGUAAAGUUGAACUUGCGGUAACUAUUACAAGUUCAAAAAGCCAACCUUCACAUUGGUACACUGAAACUUUUGGAAAUGUUGCUCUACUUAGAAACCUGUUAAUUACACAAACUCUUUGAACUGUACAGACAAUCAAAGCAACUUCUCCCCUUGGUGAUCCCCACAUAACUUAUAACCUAGAAGAGGGACUUGUUCCGGAAACCAACAUGCCAGUUCAUUUCUACUUGACUCCAAACAGAGGUGAUGGUUCUGCUUCAAUCCUGGUAGCUGAGCCAUUGGAUUAUGAAACUACAAAGAGCUUUCUGCUGAGAGUUCGAGCACAGAAUAUUGCUGCAGUUCCCUUGGCAGCAUUCACUAUGGUCUAUAUUAAUGUAACAGAUGUCAAUGACAAUGUCCCAUUCUUCACUUCAUCUGUUUAUGAAGCCUCAGUGGCGGAGGGAACUGAUGUUGGGACAUUUGUCAUUAAGGUCUCUGCCACCGACCUUGACCUUGGUCAGAAUGGUGAGAUAAUUUAUUUGCUGUUACAUGACCGUAGCAGAGACUACACAUGUUUUCGCUUGGACUCACAGACAGGCUCAAUAUACACUACUUCAAUAUCUGAUAGAGAGAAGAAGAGGUCCUAUCUCUUAGAAGUCAAGUCAGUAGAUGGCUCUGAAUCAGCUCGACCUGGAAAACAUGGGAGGCCAAACUCUGACACGGCCUAUGUACGCGUUUUUAUCACCGAUGUGAAUGAUAACAAGCCUGUCUUCUCUCAGCAUGUCUAUGAGGUAAAUGUGGAUGAAGAUCAGGACGUGGGCUCACCUAUCAUUACAGUCAGUGCUAAGUAUGAAGACGAGGGAACAAAUGCUAAGUUAUGUUAUCAGAUCACUGCUGGAAGCACAGGAGUAGAGCUUGAUACAGAAGCAGAAACAGGAACUAUUUUUGUUGCCCAGCCACUGGAUUAUGAAGAAACAAAAAUACAUGAGAUGCACUUGUUGGCUUCUGAUGGGAAAUGGGAAGAUUAUGCAGUUACCAUCAUCAAUGUCAUGAAUAAAAAUGAUUAGUCUUCAGUUUUCUCAAUCAAUGAAUACUAUGGAAGUAUAAUUGAGGAACCGGAUGGGUUACCAGUCUUCGUACUUCAGUGUAUUGCUGAUGUGAUUAUUAAUGUGUGGGAUAUAAAUGACAACACACCUUUCUUCAUGUACAUGCCUGAUGAUUGCAAUGGAAGUGCCUUUGAAAAUUCUCCUGCGGAUACAUUAGUCAUGGAAACGAGUGCAGUUGACCAAGAUGAUCCAAAUGUAGGUCUUAAUGCUGUUCUGACUUACAGAAUUACAGAGAAUGUAAAAAAUGAGUUUGGUACUGACAUGUUUAGUAUCAAUCCCAAUACUGGUACAAUCCAUGUAGUGGGGGGAGUGCUUGAUAGAGAAAGGACUACAAAUUAUUUUCUUACUGUUGAAGCAAGAGGGGGAGGGCUAACAGGAACUGGCACUGCCACUAUCUGGAUUGCAGAUAUCAAUGACCAUGUACCUAGAUUCGCAAAAAAGUUGUGGCAGGCAACAAUUCCUGAAAACAGUGCCAUCGACUCAGAAGUUCUGCAAGUGUCUGCAGUAGAUGCAGAUGCUGGGCAAAACGCUCGCUUAACAUUCAGUAUCAUCAGGGGAGACCUGGAUCGGAAGUUUUUUGAGAGUGACAAAGAAUGGCAAUGUGCCACUAUCCGACUGAAAAAAAAAUUGAAUUUUGAGAAAGCACGUGAAAGGCAGUUUAAUCUUACUAUUAAAGUGGAAGAUCUUGAUUUUUCUAGUACUGCUGUUUGCCUGAUUGAAGGCAAUGACCACAGCCCAGUCUUCCCUUUUCAAUUUAUUCAGACAAAACCUUUUUUUGAAAAUAUGCCUAUAGGUACUACAGUAAUGACAGUGAGAGCUACAGACAAAGAUUCUGGUUUGAAUGGGAUCAUUGUAUAUUCUAUAAAGUCAAAUUCAGAUCCUAUGAGACAGUUUGCAGUUGACAAACAUGGUCACGUGAUUGUGGCAUAUAAACUAGAUCGUGAGGUCAUGCAGAAAUAGAGUUUAAUUGUGCAAGCUUCAGAUCAAGGGAUGCCCACCCAAACUGGAAGUGUUACAGUUUUGAUUAACUUGCUUGAUGUUAAUGACAAUGGAUCAAAGUGUGAGGUACCAUACCUGCCUGUAGUUUGGGAAAAUGUGUUGAGGCCUGAAAUAGUGCAUAUGAACCAUACCUCAAAGCUGCUUCGUGCAUUUGAUCCAGACAGUGAGGAAAAUGGGCCACCUUUUACAUUUUCAUUGCCACCAGAUUACCAGAAUUCUUUGGAUUUUUCUCUUACUGACAACAGAAAUAACAUGGCAACCAUAACUGCUUUGAGGUCCUUUGGCAGAGAAAAGCAGAAGGUUUUUCAUCUGCCAAUAGCUAUAGCAGAUAGUGGGAUUUCAGCUAUUAGCUCUACAAACACCCUAACUAUAACAAUUGGUGAUGAAAAUGACAACUGCCAUAAAUCUGGCCACAAGGAAAUCUAUGUGUACAGUAACAAAGGAAAAUGGUCAACAACAGUGCUUGGGGAAGUGUUUGCACCAGAUCAAGAUGACUGGGACAAUAAAACAUUUAUCUUUGAAGGAAAACUGCUCAAAUUUUUCAGAUUAAAUCAGAGGACUGGUUCUUUGAUGAUGGUGCAUAAUGCUCCUGAAGGAAUACACAGUUUAAAAGUUACAGUUUCUGAUGGAGUUUGGCCUGAUGUUAUAUCUACAGUACAAAUCCAUGUCAAAGAGCUGGAAGAUGAAGACAUACAAAACUCAGCCACCGUGCGUCUAUCAGAUGUCACAGCAGAGGAGUUCAUACAGAGAGAUAAACACGGCAAAAACAGAUAUGUCAAGUUCAAGGAAUUACUAGCAAACAUGUUAUCAGUUCAGCUUAGUGAUAUCAUUGUCUUCAGUCUGAUGAACAUUGAUGGAAAACAGGCAGAUGUAAGAUUUGCGGUCCUUGAUGGCUCAGCGUAUUACAGACCUGAGAAACUGCAUGCUGAGAUGGCAGCAUUCAAAAAUGAGGUCCAGUCAGCUUUACAAGCAAGUAUUUCACAGAUCGAUGUAAAUGAAUGUAGGAGUGCAAAUUGUAGUGAGGGCAAUGGUUGUACGAACUACCUCAGUGUGAGCGAUGUCCCCACAGUGAUAGAUACUGGAAGUGUCUCAUUUGCCACUGUAACAACCACCGUCAGCGCAGUCUGCACUUGCUCAGUAGGGACCUCCUACUCUCGAAGCUCUUGUCUCAAUGGUGGAAUGUGUAUUGACACUUUGAAUGGUUACAGUUGUCUUUGCCCUGCUUCGUUUCAUGGACCAGAUUGCCAGCAGACUAAGCACAGUUUCCAUGGAAAUGGUUAUGCAUGGUUUCAUCCCAUCAGGCCUUGUUUCGAAAGCUCACUCUCUCUAGAAUUUAUUACUGCAGUUCCAGAUGGACUUCUAUUAUACAGUGGUCCUUUAUCAAAUCCAGAACCUGGGAGUACAGAAAACUUCAUUGCAAUAGAACUCACCAGUGGCAUUUCUGUGCUGAAGAUGAGCCAUGGCUCAGGUUCUGUGAUACUGCAGUUUCCAAGUCACCUGAAUGUAACAGACAAAAAAUGGCAUCAACUGGAAGUGAGAACCAAUGGUCAGGAUGUUCGAUUCACUUUGGAUCAUUGCAAUAUGGCUGUUGUUUCAGAGAUAGAAGGAGUAGGCAAAUGGCUGUCUACUGAAGAUCAUACAAAUUGUGAAGUCUUUGGGUCUGUUCCACAAAGGGCAAGGUAUGUUUCUGGAGAUUCACUGAAAGGCAGUUUAUGCCAGGGAAGCUGUCACAAGGACACAAGCCUGACCUUUAGUUCCAUGCUUGCUAUCUGCAUUUGUUUUUUGGCACUGUUAGUUCUGUUCAGUGCUAUAUUCUUGUGGGCUUGCUGGAAGAGUCACCAGAGUGUGAAUGGAGGCAUAUACCAUGUAUUGGCCCAUCACGAUGAUUUGGAGGACAUCAGAGAAAGUAUCCUCAACUACAGUGAAGAAGGGGGUGGGGAACUGGAACAAGACCAAGAUGCAUACAACAUGGCAGAACUGCAGGUGUCUAUUCAAACCAGCCCAGCCUAUUUCCUCUGCAAGAAAAAAGAAAAAGCAACAAAACUGAACAGCUUCUUUAGUGGUGCGUCCCCAAGCAUGCAGGAGCAGACCAAAACAUCGGUGCCUACGAAACUCUCUUUUUCUAGUGCAGACUUUGGUCAGUACUUGUCAAAUGUUGUUAGAAAUGCUGACCACCACCCCCAAGCUGUACCCUGUGACUCACUGCAAGUGUUUUACACCGAAGGAGAAGGCUCAGUUGCUAGCACCAGUGCCCUGAGCUCCUCUGACCUGGAUGAGGGUAUAGUGUAUGAUGACAUUAAAGACUGGGGAACAAAGUUUGAGAAACUAAGUGAACUGUACUUGCAUACAGAUGCAGAAGAUCUGUAGAUUACCAGGUAUGCUAUUUUCAGAGUUUUGGAAGCAAGUGUGAAGGACUUCAUGCUCUUGCUGCUUACUUUCAAUAAUUGUGUACUACUGCUCUCACCCUUCUUUUUAUUUUUUAUUUUUUAAAUUUUUUUGAAAUUCCUUCUUAAUUGAUGUAUUUAGUAGCAGGAGCUUGUCUUUGGUCAUUCUGGACAUUUACUUUUGGGGAUAUUAAGUAAAGGGAAAGAAUACAGACACAACUUGGACUACUUAAGUGAUUCACAUAAAAUACCUGAGAAAUAAACAUUUUUUUCCUGUCACUAAGGUAAUAAUGGGCUCUUUGAGAAUUCCUUAUGUUAGCUCAUGUACACAGCAUCUCUCAAAGAGUUUGAUAUUACCUUAAUGCAGAAAGAAAUUGAUUAUUUCUCAGAUAAACAAAAUCCUGCCAAAAGGUUAAUAAUUAAAAGAUGGUAGUUUUCAAAAAUUAUGCAGGAACUAUCCUGGCUGCUAAUGUAUCAUAGCAGUAUGACAGCACAAAAUAAUGCAGCUCUCAGAUACAUGUUAGUAGAAAAUCAUGAUCGUUUGGGAACAAAGAGAGGGAGGGAACAAACAGCAGUUGCUAGGGGUGAAAUACCUUCUAAAUUACCAAUCCUCUUUUCAGACUGUUUAAUGUUCAGCUAUUAUUCUUUUGUUUGUUUGUUUGUUUGUUUUUUAAUAGAAAAUAUUUGGAAUAAAGAAGGCACCAUUCAUAUGAGGUGUUGUACAAUGAAGCCACUAAAAUAGCUUUGCUUACAGUUACACAAGUAGCUUGUUUGGGAGGUCUGGCUUUUAUUUUCAUUUUAUAGGUUGGAUUAAUUUGCAUGUUGUCCAAGUGAGAAAUGUCCAUGCAGUAUCUUCUUUGUGCAUGCAUUUGUGACACACUUCGAAUAACCUUGAGCACUCAAUCAACUAAUUGCUACAAAUUUCAGAUGAUGUGGCAUUUCAUCAGGAACAGCUAUGUGCCAUUUUUACCCAUGUCUAAUAGUUCUGAUUCACAGACAGUACAUGGGCUGUGAUUUUAUGAUUUUACUUAUAUGCUUACCUGGGAGGAAACACAGGUUCAAGUAUCGUGUCAUGUUCACAAGUUGGGUAUGUCAGAGUCUAUAGUUCAUUACUUUAGCAGUUGCACAGCACAAAAAAAAAAAUCUAGCAUUUCCCCAGACAGCACUAAUUGUAUGUGCAUUCCUUGUGUUCUUGCCACAACUAUGGACAGACUGUCAUUUUUGUCAUUUUCAUUUAAUUUAGCUUGUAAGCUCCUUGGGGCAAGGACUGUCAUCUCAUUUCCCUGUGAAGUGUCAUAUAUAUCUAAAGCACCGUAUGAGUAAUAAAUACACCUUCUGUA